GCAAGUCUCAGUAGAGUGCCGGCAGAGAGCGACAUCGCAGCAUCAGCCAGCCCGAGAAGUUCACAAUUGAACUCUAAUAUUUCGAUUCUUCCAGCAAUUAACAUCUGCUCAGCAUCAUGCGCGAGUGCAUCAGCGUACACGUGGGGCAGGCUGGGGUGCAGAUCGGCAACUCGUGCUGGGAGCUCUACUGCCUCGAGCACGGCAUCCACCCUGAUGGCCAGAUGCCCUCAGACAAGAUGGCGGGUCACCACGACGACUCCUACAGCACCUUCUUCUGCGAGACCCAGGCUGGCAAACACGUGCCACGGGCCAUCUUCGUGGACCUAGAGCCAACUGUGAUAGACGAGGUUCGCACAGGCGUCUACAGGAGCCUGUUCCACCCCGAGCAGCUAAUCACCGGCAAGGAGGACGCCGCCAACAACUACGCCAGGGGCCACUACACCAUCGGCAAGGAGCUCAUCGAUGUCACCCUCGACAGGGCGCGUAAAUUGGCCGACCAGUGCACCGGCCUGCAGGGCUUCCUGAUCUUCCACUCGUUCGGGGGCGGCACUGGGUCGGGUUUCACAUCGCUGCUCAUGGAGCGCCUCUCGCUCGACUUCGGCAAGAAGAGUAAACUGGAGUUCGCCAUAUACCCGGCGCCCCAGGUGGCGACAGCUGUGGUUGAGCCCUACAAUUCCAUCCUGACGACGCACACGACGCUGGAACACUCGGACUGCGCCUUCAUGGUCGACAACGAAGCCAUCUACGACAUCUGCAGGAGGAACCUCGACAUCGAGCGGCCGUCGUACACCAAUCUUAACAGACUCAUCGGCCAGAUCGUUUCCUCCAUCACCGCCUCUCUCAGGUUCGAUGGCGCCCUCAACGUGGACCUGACGGAGUUCCAGACGAACCUCGUGCCCUACCCGCGCAUCCACUUCCCGCUGGUGACGUACGCGCCCGUUAUCUCCGCGGCCAAGGCGGGGCACGAACAGCUCUCUGUGGCUGAGAUAACCGCCUCGUGCUUCGAGCCCAGUGUGCAGAUGGUGAAGUGUGACCCCCGGCACGGCAAGUACAUGGCGUGUUGCCUGCUGUACCGCGGCGACGUGGUGCCAAAGGACGUCAACUGCGCCAUCGCGGCCAUCAAGACCAAGCGGUCCAUCCAGUUCGUGGACUGGUGCCCUACAGGCUUCAAGGUGGGUAUCAACUACCAGGCCCCAACCGCCAUCCCCAACGGGGACCUGGCGAAGGUGUCGCGCGCCGUGUGCAUGCUGAGCAACACCACCGCCAUCGGGGAGGCCUGGGCCCGCCUCGACCACAAGUUCGACCUCAUGUACGCCAAGAGGGCCUUUGUCCACUGGUACGUUGGCGAGGGCAUGGAGGAGGGGGAGUUCGCCGAGGCGAGGGAGGACUUGGCUGCCCUCGAGAAGGACUACGAGGAGGUCGGUCUGGACUCCACCGACGACGUCGAAGGGGCGCAAGAAGAGUUCUAAUUAGAAGAAAAGAGCUUAUCGAAUAAAUUCUUAUCAUGUGACGAAAAUCUAGAGUGUUAAUAGUCAAAAAACUUCCAGCAUUGAUUCAUUUACACUUUUCUCGGCAGUUCAACUGCAUAUGCGAUGCUUGAGAAAAACGACUAUUUUUAUUCAGGUGAUAAAAAGCAUAAUCAAGCCAUUAGGUAAACAUGUUUUAUGUUUCAUAUCUCUACUAAAAUAAAAGCAUAAUACAGGAACAUAUCUUCCUUGAUUUUCAAAAAUUACGUUUUAAAUUUUUUAUUCUGAUUUUUGAGGUAAAGCAGAACCUCCAAUUAUAUGCACUAAAUGCAUCCGCUUAUCCUGAUGCUAAUACGAGUAUUGCUAACAAGUGUUUCAUUCGACCUCACGAGAGGGCCUCUGCUGGCUCACCUUCCUAAAUGCAAUGAACGAAAAUUU